ACCAGGCGUGAGUGCCUAUGUUUCUUUCCCUGAAAGUUUUGGCAAGAUGAGUAUGCAAGAGUCUGAGUUUGUCUCUAAAUGAUGUCAUUGCUCUUAUGUGCAUACAUCUAGUUGAUACGGAAACUGUACGUUUUUCAUCUUAUCAGACUCGCGCUCAGCUGCUAAAUCAACAUCAUCUAUCACUCUCUCACCAACCAACUUUGUAGCCGCAAUCUCCGCUUCAAGCUGUCAGCUUUAAGCUUCCAGCUGGUCUGUUGUACCUUUUCGGUCAGCCGACCCCAAAACCAUCAACAGAUCCGCUUCAAGCUUGAUCGAGCCAGCUUAUAGCUAGAUUCUCACGACUCAACAACCUUCCACAACGAGACAAAAUUACAGCUCUGAGGAUCAGUACAGCAGGUGAACCUACUGUGAUCAUCAAGAUGUCCACCUCCCGUGCCGAUACGAAGAAGUGGGUCGAGGACUUCUACAAUGGGAUCAUUGAUCGCAACGAGUACGAUUAUGAUGCAGCUACAUUAGUCUUGAUUUAGACAUAUUUUUCUAGGUGUGUACAUCUUGACUGAGUCCUAAUUUAGAUAAAUUUCAGCUAAGUUCCAUCAUCAUAUCGUUACUCUCUUCUUCCUCCUCUCUAACCUUCGGACCUUUUCGAGAAGUCUUUUCAAGCGCCCCACGUGGAGCCGCCGACGCCGGAUUUCGUCGCGCAAACAUGCACUCUGAAGUGCAAUGCGCCUCGUUCGAUGCAGAAUGAGGCCAAGCUGUACAACGUGUUCAUCAACCGCAAGUACGCCAAGGACUCCACGACCAUGGUGUACAUCCGCUUGCGUGGUUCGCGCGACACGAACCACAUCUACUUCCGUGAUGACGUUGAAUCCGGUACGAAGUUUGGCAUGUUGCGCGGACAAAACCGCUUUGCGGCUUUGCGCAAGAUCCUGUCUGACAAGGGUCAAGGCGUUUGCCAGACCGCACUGGAUUCGGCUCGCGUCGUUGUACUACACCUUUUCUACAUUGCUUUGGAUUUAGAUAAUUUAGAGUCUUCAUUUCAAUUUAGGUCAACGGAGUACUAAUACAUGGAGGAGAAUCAUGAUAGGAAAGUGGACGCCACAGAAUAAGUUGUCUUAUUCUUACUAAAAUUGUUUCUCUCUCAAUCUACCUACAGUUGCGCGAGUUUCGAGGCGAGUGCUUGGAUCACCCGGAAGCACUGGAGCUAUACGUAGCUCUGGGCAAUAAAGAAGAAAAAUGCUUGAAAGCCCAGAUCCACGAGAUGGUGCAAGGUGUGCCAAAAAUUUGCGACAAGCUAAAGUCGCAAGAUCCGAAAACCAGAGCGCAGAAAGUGUCGGUAUAGUAAGUUAUCUUUUUGUAUUUAGAAUCUUCUCUACAUCCUUAAGCAUCAGCUAUUCUUUCUUUCAGCGUGAGAAUGUAAACGGAUAGUCUUUAGCAUAAACCUACUUCGUGCGUAGUACCAACGUCAAGAAUCUAGUUCUAGAUCUAGCUCUAGCACUAGCUUCGUUCUUACCUCAUGGCCGCGGUGGAUCUUGUGAUAUAACCCAAAUCCAAACUGUUUGUGCUAGUACUACAAGCACAAGGUCCACCCAGACUUACUCUAUAACGUUUAUCACCUAAAGUCUUUUAAUCUAAAUCUAAAAAUAAACCCUGCAGGAAGUGUAUCCGGGCUGCACGUCGGAGGAUGUCAACAACGUUCUGACCUAUGCCAAGCAGGGACUUUUCCAGAAGGGAAGUCUAUCCGAGGAGUACUCUGUUCAGUGCGUCUACGACGAGAAAACGGACUCCAAUCCAGUCUUCUCUUAUAUGAAGGUACUAAAUAUUGCUCGUCAUUCCUUCUGUCUUACUCUCACUGAUUCCCUUUGCUCUUACUUUCUCAUCUUGAUGGAGAUAAUGAUAAUGCUAAUGAUGCGAGUCCUUCCGGUCGCCAGCUUCAUCAAGUUUCUGACGUUGUGUCAUGGAUAUUCUAAAGAGUAACUGUUCCUCUCAUUUCUUGUUGUUGUUCUACUUCUACUCUCACUCUCUGUCUCUCUCAGUUCUCAAAUUUAGAAGUCUCACUCUGUCUUCGUCUCAAACUCAAACUUUUCGAACCCACUAUCACAGAAUUGCGUUGCGCCCUGGGCACGUGAGUAUGCGGACUUUGAGAAGGAGCAGUGCGUUGCUCACCACAUUCUACUACGCUUCGGCUACGACGUUGCUUUGAGCAACGACGACGCGCUGAUGUUUCAGAAGUUCCUCUUGAACAAGAUCUAUUUGCUGGACCACGCCGAGGCUAAGAGGAAGGGGCGACAGAUCGUGCAAUAUUGUGCCAAGAUUAAGCAGCGAAACGAUCUAGCUGCUAAGGCGCGCAAGACGGAGGAGGAUGCCAAGACUUUGGAGGCGCUCGACGCUGACAUCGGCAAGUACGUCCACAUGUUUGGCGAACUGCCGCUAUUCGAGCGAGAUGAUGACACCGAGGCGACCAUGAUUCUCAACAAGAUGAUCAAAUUCGCGGAGAGCUUCAUCCCGGAGGGCUUCGAGAAAGCACCUGGCUCCAUGAGUGCUAUCAGCAACCAUCGCAGCAACAUCCGGUCCGUGGACGAGGAUACCAAGCCGUCGGUCGGAAUGCAGGUGCGCUUUCGUCCGGAGGCUUUGCGCCCGGAAUUGGUGGAGCGGAAUCCGCUGCUGUUGAGCGCAGCACAGGGCACCGUCGAGAAGUCUGGCUGCGAUCCACCUGCAGAAUCGCGAGACAAGCUCAAACUGUUCUCCAAGAAGAGUCUCCUGUUCUUCGCGGCGAUGGAGAAGAAUGUCAACAGGCAGAAGAUUUUGCAGGCGCAGCACAGGAGGGCUGCGGGUAAGACGACAGUCAACAAGAAGAUGGGAGCGCGUAUGCCUGGCUCUACUACUGCUCCUCCAGAUACGCCGGUUAAAGGGGCUGGUGCACGCUCCUCCACUGCCGACAAGACCCCACCUGCGAUGAAAGUCAUGAAGACCGCGGCCAUGAGAAACAAGAUGAAGAUGGCCAAGAAGAAGAUGAUGAAGAAGAAGGUACUACUUCUACUCUAUUUAUUCUUACUCCUUAUCCUUACCGAGAGAGAUACAAACUCCAGUUUUAGAUUUAGAUAUUGAGACUGUUAGUGAUAGAGUUAGAGACGCAGACUCAGAAUCAGAUACUCUUUUACUUUUAGGUUUAGGCUUUUGGCUCUAACUCUGACGUUACGUUAGUCGAUCCAACUCCAUCCGAAAGUAUAAGCCUAAACUCUAGGUCUAGGUAUAGGCGUGUAGCCUCCCAGUCAUUUUCUUCACCUCUUCCUGUAUCUACUGGCUCUGAAUUCCAGGCUCGCCUCGUUACCGCAGUUGUGUGCUAUAUUCUGGACCUAGUCUUAGAUUUAGACUUAGAUGUGAGAAGUAGAUAUGUAUAGAAUAGUAAAGGUGAAGCCAAUCUCAGCGAAGUGUAAUUUUACAGAGAAAAGGAAAACUCCUCCUCCUCCCUCACUUUUGAAAGUUCCACCAUCUUCCUCGAUCCUAAAGAGCAACUUCGAGGCUUUCGCCUCACAACCAACACUCAGCCCAAAACUCAAUGUGCAAACCUUCCUCCCUCAUCAUCAAUCUGAAACUUGCAGGGCGAAGAGGAGAGUGAGGAAGAGGAGGAAGAGGAGGAGAAUCAAGACGCAGAGGAAGAUGCUGA